CCGGAGCGGCGGAACGGCGGCGGCUGGAGCGGGAGGGGGAUCGGGAUGGGACGGAGCGCGGCGCCAGAGAAGGCCACCUGAGCGGGCUAGCAAGUUACAGAACAGCUGUCUCCUAAAAGGUAUAAACAGUGAAGAUUUUCUGUGUGCUCCUUUUUAAAUGUUUUCAGAGUGAAGAUAAGCAUGAGAAAAAGAAGAGACUUCAAAACUAGGCGAGGGAUAUUCAUAGAUGUUCUGAGGAAAGCUCAUCCUGUGGAGAAAUAGAGGUUGUGAGCCAUGCCUUUGGUGAAAAGGAACAUUGAACCACGGCAUCUCUGCCGAGGAGCUCUGCCAGAGGGAAUUACAAGUGAACUGGAAUGCGUAACGAAUAGUACCCUUGCUGCUAUCAUACGCCAGCUAAGCAGCUUAAGCAAACAUGCUGAAGACAUAUUUGGUGAAUUGUUUAAUGAGGCCAACAGCUUCUACAUCAGAGCAAAUUCCCUUCAAGACAGAAUUGAUCGCCUUGCUGUCAAAGUUACCCAGCUGGAUUCAACAGUAGAAGAGGUAUCCUUACAGGAUAUCAACAUGAAAAAAGCAUUCAAGAGCUCAACAAUUCAAGAUCAGCAGGUAGUUUCAAAGAACAGCAUUCCAAACCCAGUGGCUGAUAUUUAUAAUCAGAGUGACAAACCACCACCUCUGAAUAUUCUUUCACCUUAUAGGGAUGAUAAAAAAGAUGGAUUGAAGUUUUAUACUGAUCCUUCCUAUUUUUUUGAUCUAUGGAAAGAAAAAAUGUUACAGGAUACUGAAGAUAAGCGAAAAGAAAAGAGGAGACAAAAGGAGCAAAAACGUAUAGAUGGCACCACCCGUGAGGUGAAAAAGGUUAGAAAAGCCAGGAACAGACGCCAGGAGUGGAAUAUGAUGGCAUAUGACAAAGAGCUUAGACCUGACAACAGGUUGUCUCAAAGUGUGUACCAUGGAGCAUCUUCCGAGGGAUCACUGUCCCCAGAUACUAGGUCCCAUGCAUCUGAUGUUACAGAUUAUUCUUAUCCUGCCACUCCAAAUCAUUCCCUCCAUCAGCAGAUAGCAAUGCCUUCAUACGGAGCAGGAGAUGGUCCACAGUACAUGGCAGCAUCCCAAAGCCAUGAGCACGAAUACAGACCACCUUCCACCACUGUACGACAUGCUACUUUAAACAGACCUCAGCAACCGCCUCCACCUCCACCCCAGCCUUCAGAUGGCCAGCAUAGCUCAGUACCUGUGGUACCAGCGGAAUAUGGGAUGCUUCCAGCUCAGAUGGUGGAUUAUUACAACCCUACAGGUCCUCCCCCUCCUCCUCCUCCCCCUAUGAUUCCUUCAGCACAAACUGCAUUUGUUAGUCCCCUUCAGCUUCCUGUGCCACCUUCCCACUCUGGACUGGUGACCGGCUCUACAUAUGCAGCUGCUCAUCCUCCUCCUUCUAGUGGGCUUGUUGUCACUGCUCCUCCUCCCCCUGGCCCACCUCCUCCCCCUCCAGGCCCUCCUGCUGCAGGUGCAUCCCUCUCUUCCUCCCCAAUGCACGCUUCUCCGGCGUCAGAGGCAAAGCGCCAUGAACCUGCCCAGGCACCGAUAAGCGACGCACGGAGCGAUCUCCUUGCUGCCAUUAGAAUGGGAAUUCAGCUGAAGAAGGUGCAGGAGCAACGUGAGCAAGAAGCCAAGCGCGAGCCUGUUGGCAAUGAUGUGGCGACCAUCCUUUCGAGGCGCAUUGCGGUGGAAUACAGCGAUUCCGAUGAUGAUUCAGAGUUUGAUGAGAACGACUGGUCAGACUGAGUAUGGUCCAAGCCCAGUGGCGACUACAUUAAAUACUUGGCAUCAGUGGCUGCUCUCUUAGCGAGAUGUAAAGCAGGACGUUGACAUGUGUUAAGGCUAGUGAUGGAAGUGCUAAAAUUGAACUGGUAUUAUUCAGAAUGCUGUAGCUUAGCAACUCUGGUAAUCAUGAUGUGAUUAUGCUUAUGCAGAUCAGAAACUUGUCUUACUUUCAGUAUUUACUGCAUAAUACUUAAGUGCCACUAAAUGUAGCAACUCAUGUGCUGCGUGCAAAAUAUGCUGCAGUUGUUGCACUGUUACAGAACCAGCAUUUUAUUUUACUUUCCUGAUCUUGAAGGGAUAAAAUAUAUUUUUUUGACUUUACACCUUAUUCUUUUAAUUAUGUAAGAAAUUUAGGUACUUGUGAAUUGGUCUGGUUGUUAGUCUUUGAGGGCAGUUAACUAUAUGACUGAGUGAAGUGUUGAGUUCCAUAGGUGUGACUUUUAGCUUUUUUUAAUUAGGUACUAAUUAUGCCUACCUUAGUCUAUUUUUAACCACUUCUGGGCUUAUGCUUUUAUGCAUAAAGAAUUGAUUUUAUAUUAUUUUCCUUUUUAUCUUAAAAAUGUAGCAGAUGAUGAAAUGUAUACUUUGAAGAAUGAAUCCAUAUGAUCCAAAAAGAACAUUUGGUGAGCAGACUGGAUAUGUCUGUAACAGUACCAGCUUUAGGUUGCUGGCUGCUUGUUGGGAAGAGUGCUGGGGAGGGGUAUCUCUGCUUGGUAGCAGAUGCAUGUCCUUGUUACAAAUAAAAGUUAAAAUACCUGUAGAGCUUUUUUGGUUUUAUGGUAGAGAUGACCUGGAUGCAGGAUAGACGUGAUUGAAACAACACGGUUAUUGGAGUGUAGAAAUGCUACUGUUCCUACUAAGAUUGGAACAGUCUGGAUCUAGCAAUCAGAUACAUUUCACAAGUAUUAAACUUGGUCUUUAUGCCUGUAGGUAUAAAUGUGUGUAAAUAAGUUCUGUUGUUGUUGAUUUGUACAUGUGUAGUCAUGUAGCACAUUUACUCAGAACUCUUACUUUGAAUGUAUUUCUUUCCCAGUACAUCCCAUGGUUAAAACAUUGGCAGUUAAAGCAGUUUUAAUGGCUUUUGGGGUACUAUCUCAUAUACAUACACUUUUUUUGCUCCUUCCCUAGGAAUACUUGCUGCCAUAAAGUCUGCUUUGGCUGUCUCUGUUUUCUUUAAAAAUAAUUCCUUUUUUUUUUUUUUUUCUCCCCGCAGUACAGUAUUAAAAAUUUUUGUUUGUUUUGUUUUUGCUCUCUUCUGGACUGAGAGUCAGGCUGCUGCUUUGCCUAAUGAGGCUCAAAAAAAUUUAUUCAUAGCAGGGGAAUAGCUCUUUCCUUACCAGAUUACAGUUUUAAUCUUUGUAACGGAAGUCUGUGUAAUUCCAGGUUUAAAAUUUGGUAAAGCUCCUUUGUUUUGUGAGGCCCUGUUUGUUCUUAAAAAAAAGUAUGUAAAAUAAAGAGAAAUGGAAGGUGA